CUGGUGUAUGUUGCAUUUCAUAGGAUGCGCAGAGGUCCGCGCUCGAGUUCUUCGCACCCCCUCACCUCAAGGAGCAGAUGGUGUGGAGGAUCCAGGUGGAAUGACAGACAGCACACACAGAGACGACCAGCAGGAUGCUAUAAAAAGUCUGGAGAAGUCGAUGAGCGGCCUCAGCGUGGCAGGAAAUAGAGACGA